AUGCGUCUCAUCAAGUACAUCUGGAACAUCAUCCAAGGAGUCUUCCAGAAGAGGAGAGAUGGGUAUGAGGACUAUCUGGGUCAGCAAGCUCUCGGAAAGGCCAGUCAGAUACGUCACUCGCGCCUUCUCAACCUCAAGCUUGCAGACAACCACGAAGGCUUCGAGUCGAGAAACAUGGAGGUGGAAGGAACGAACUCGAAUACCACUUCCUAUGCGUCGAACGACCUGAAAGCCAAGACCACCUGUUGGUGAAUUUCCAGACCAGAAUCUGACACGACGCGGACUUCAAGGAAAACCAUACGGUUGAACCACUCGGUUCUUCAACCUCGAUACAGCUGAUUAAAAGGCAUGCAUAGAUACCUCAGAGAUAAUGUUGAUGUGUUUGAGCAGGGGAAGAAUGGCAGGAUCCUGAGUGGAAAGCUUUAUGGGAUCGUCUGAUCCAAUGUGCGGCAGGAAAAGGAAAGCUUCAUCGUGCCUUCCAGUGUGGUCGAGAAGUCUUCAGGAGUCAACAAAGAAAAGGAAGAACUUCCUUGAAGCAUUGUUACCCGCGGUUUGGUACUGGACUUGACCCGAAAUGGGAGGUACUCAUUAGCAGUGGCCGAAGCUUGAUGGGUAAGUGAGAACUUGGAAGCAGUAGGUCAGGAGAAGACUUUGGAAACCCUCCACACACACUCGUUGAACUAGUAAUAGUCCCAAGGACCUGAACUAGUCUGCUCUCACCGUCGUGGCAGAAUGUUGAAUGUUGGCUUUGAAGUUAUUGCGGAGUGAUGGCGGGUACGACUGGAAAGACGGAUGAUGGGUCAAGGUCAUGGACGUUCAACAUGCCAAAGCGGAAAAUC